UUCUGAGCGAAACAUGUUCCAUUCGAGAGGGUUCUAUGCCGGAUGGAAAGAGCGACUCCUGUUCGCCUGCCUGGCGGUCCUGCUGCUCCUGAAUCCCGUCGACGCUCGACGGACCCGCCGGCCGAGACGCACCACCACGCCAAGGAGCACCACCAGCAGGACCACCGCGAGCCCGGAUCGCCACCAGCACCUGCACCACUGGCCACCACUAGUGGCACCUCCGGCACAGCCCCAGCCACAUCCCCAAGUGGUUGUGGUGCAAAAACCCAGUCACACAGAGAGCAGUCCCCGGCUGAUUGACAGCUUCGACCAGCGAUCAGUCGAUGGGCAGUACGAGUUCAGAUACCAGCUGGACAACGGAAACACUCGCUACGAACGCGCCUACUGGCUGCCCGUUGGCAAGGAGCUCGUGCUGGUCAAGAAGGGUUACUACUCGGUGCCCCUGCCCAACGACAAGUUCUCGACCGUAUUCUAUACGGCCGACCAUCGUGGCUACCAUGUGGACAUGCAGACAUUAUCCGGAGAGCAGCCGCUGUUACCGCGGAGCCUCGCAGUGCCCGAGAUGCAGAGGAACACGGGACCCGAUACGGGAAUGGGAACCGGAACCGAGAUGGGCACGGGUGCGGGGACUAAGCGAAAUUCAAUAAGCGACCCGGAGCGUAACGAGCUGGAUAUGGACGUGGCUGAGGAUGUGGCCGCAAGUGGAGCUGGCACCGAGCUGGUCCCUAAUGCUGUAAACCAAGUCGAAACCGAAACCGAACCAUCAACUUUGGCCAACGACAUUUUGGCAACUGAAGCACCAGCCGACAGCCACGACGACGAUGAUGACGACGAUGUUGAUGAUGAUGAAGGCGCCUCAAACUGAAAGCCCGAACAUUAGGGGACAUUUCGGCACAUAGAGGACGCAGAUUGGGGCUGGCAGGGCAGUGGGACGGGGCACACACUUGGCUGGCUCGCAGCUCGCUCUACUUGCUGCAAAUCAAAUUGAAAACAAUUGUUGCAGUCACCAGUCCGACACAGUUGAGUUGGCCAGUAGUCACUGCAUUCCGGCGAGGAGGAGCAGCGGGAGAAGUCAACUCGACUCCACUUAGCUCCGUCUUCAUCUUCGUCUUCAUCUUGCAGUUCAUGGCGAGUGUGUCUCAAUUGCUCGCUUGACAUCUCCUUCGGGCCCCUUCUCCGUCUUCUGUGUGCAUCUCUACAUAUGAUAGGUUUUUUUUUGCAAUAUUCAAUAAAUGUAAUAUACGUAAGCUACAAA